AAACUGGGCUUUUAUUCCCCCUUACUUCGCCGCCUAGUGUCGGGGAGACUGGCAAACGCCUUGGAGAGGACCGGGAGAAAUAGAGAGCCCUGGAAAAGUGGAGAAAGUGGUCAGGAAGUCGGUGCACUUCAGGCAGCCGUUUAUCUGUCAGGGUAAGAGCGCGGCGCGGCUGCUCAACCCUCCCCCUCCCCCCCCCCCCGCCCCCCAGUGCCUUCCAGGUGAGGGGACCGCCGGACCGCCGGUCCCCCGACCUGUGUGUGCGCGCGCGGCUGCCAGAACCUCGCUCCUCAACGUCAAGGGCGCUCUGGCCACAAAAGGUCCCUACCCAAGGUGAUUCCUUGCUAGACUUUUUGUCCCGAGAACUUUCGGGUGGAAGCCUUCACUUUUUUGUGUGUGUGGAAGCUACUCAGGGGAGCGAGGAGGAGGAGAGAGUCAAAUCCGACGGAAAAGAGCAACUCCUUGUUUUUCCGACGUCCCAUCACUUGUAGAAGGUUGAAGUUGUUGCUUGUGGUGACAGCCGAGAGGAGCGCAGGACUUCUUUCCAGGUGGGGACCAUCCACCGCCUGUGCGAUCUACCCCUCUCCCGCGUGCAUGUGUGCGUCGGCGGCCGCACCGGGUGCGUGGUUCUGCGAGUGGAGUCUCAGCCGGGACCCAAGUGAAUGGCCCCCAGGGGGUGUGCGGGGCCCCCGCCUCCGCCGACUCCACCGGCCUGGGUUUGGCCCGGAAAGAUGCUAGCCAUGGGGGCGCUGGCAGCCUUCUGGGUCCUCAGUCUCCUCACCUACGGUUACCUGUCCUGGGGCCAGGGCUUGGAGGAGGAGGAGGAAGGGGCCUUGAGAGCUCAGUCUGGAGAGAGGCCAGAGCCCAGCACAUCUGCCACCUCCCAACCCCAUCUCAUUUUCAUCCUAGCGGAUGAUCAGGGAUUUAGAGAUGUGGGUUACCACGGCUCGGAGAUAAAGACUCCCACUCUUGACAAGCUUGCUGCCGAAGGAGUUAAACUGGAGAACUACUAUGUCCAGCCUAUUUGCACACCGUCCAGGAGUCAGUUUAUUACUGGAAAGUAUCAGAUACACACCGGACUUCAACAUUCUAUCAUAAGACCUACCCAACCCAACUGCUUACCUCUGGACAAUGCAACCCUACCUCAGAAGCUGAAGGAGGUUGGAUAUUCGACACAUAUGGUUGGAAAAUGGCACUUGGGUUUUUACAGAAAAGAAUGUAUGCCCACCAAGAGAGGAUUUGAUACCUUUUUUGGUUCCCUCUUGGGAAGUGGUGAUUACUAUACACACUACAAAUGUGACAGUCCUGGGAUGUGUGGCUAUGACUUAUAUGAAAAUGACAAUGCUGCCUGGGACUAUGACAAUGGCCUAUACUCCACACAGAUGUACACUCAAAGAGUCCAGCAAAUCUUAGCUUCCCAUGAUCCCAGAAAGCCUAUAUUUUUAUAUAUUGCCUACCAAGCUGUUCACUCACCAUUGCAAGCUCCUGGCAGGUAUUUUGAACAUUACAGAUCCAUUAUCAACAUAAAUAGGCGGAGGUACGCUGCCAUGCUUUCCUGCUUAGAUGAAGCAAUAAACAAUGUGACCCUGGCUCUGAAGACAUACGGUUUCUAUAACAACAGCAUUAUCAUCUACUCUUCAGAUAAUGGCGGCCAACCCACAGCAGGAGGAAGUAACUGGCCUCUCAGAGGUAGCAAAGGAACAUACUGGGAAGGGGGCAUUCGAGCUGUUGGCUUUGUGCACAGUCCACUUCUGAAAAACAAGGGAACAGUGUGUAAGGAGCUUGUGCACAUCACUGACUGGUACCCCACUCUUAUUUCACUGGCUGAAGGACAGAUUGAUGAGGACACUCAACUGGAUGGCUAUGAUGUCUGGGAAACCAUAAGCGAAGGCCUUCGUUCACCCCGGGUGGAUAUUUUGCACAACAUCGACCCCAUUUAUACCAAGGCAAAAAAUGGCUCCUGGGCAGCAGGCUAUGGGAUCUGGAACACUGCAAUCCAGUCAGCCAUCAGGGUGCAGCACUGGAAACUGCUUACAGGAAACCCUGGCUACAGUGACUGGGUUCCCCCUCAGUCUUUCAGCAACCUGGGGCCAAACCGGUGGCACAAUGAACGAAUUACGUUGUCAACCGGCAAAAGCAUAUGGCUUUUCAACAUCACGGCUGACCCAUAUGAGAGGGUGGACCUAUCUACUAGGUAUCCUGGAAUCGUGAAACAGCUCCUACGGAGGCUCUCACAGUUCAAUAAAACCGCAGUGCCUGUCAGGUACCCUCCCAAAGACCCUAGGAGUAAUCCUCGGCUCAACGGAGGAGUCUGGGGACCAUGGUAUAAAGAGGAAAACAAGAAAAAGAAGCCGAGCAAAAAUAAGGCUGAGAAAAAGCAGAAGAAAAGUAAGAAAAAGAAGAAACAGCCGAAAGCAGGUUCAUUUCCAAAUUGCCAUUCAGGCGUUUGCCAUUAUCUUAGAUAAGUACAAAUUUUUUUCCUGUCUGGUUAAACUUAAGUCGGUCUUAGUCUUUUAGCUGUUUUCUAGAGAGACCAGCAAAUUUGGCUCAAUAAUUUUACUGCCAGAAGUAGCAGCCCUGUUUUCAUGUUGUGCCACUCCAGAGACUGCUGCCACCUGGUCGUCAUGUGGAAGACGGUUCUGUUUUGUGCCAAAGGUGCUACCCUUGCAAGCCACACUUAGAGGAGAAUGGAGAUGCUGAUUUCUUUUGCUCCUUUACAAAAAUGGUCCUUAAUCAGUGCAACUGUUGUGCUUUCGUCAACUGACCAGACACUAUGCUUUAAAACUGCGAUCAACGGACAUGCUAAUUUGAUGGAAGUUACAGGGUAGCAUGAUUAAAAACUACCUUUGAUAAAGUACAGUCAAAGGUUGCAUCACCUGAAAGGCCUUGAAAGAUACGUUUUCUUCGUGAAUUAUUGUAUCUCUGUCUUAUGAUACUUGGUUUUUGAAGUUAAUUCCAUUUCACGUAUCAUUUCCUUUCCUGUGAAAAUAAGCUGUUGCUCCCAUGUAAACAGCUUGCACCUCAUUCUGUCAUGCAUGAGGGAAUGGCAUAUAAGAAUGUUCGAGCACACUGCCAAAACGUGAAUGUAACUAUUUUCUAAACACUUUAAUAGAAUGACGUUUCAACGUAAAGUAUGUAAUUUAUUUUUACAGAAAAAAAUAUUAAUUAUUUUGUUUUCACAAAAAAGUUAUACAAAUAACUUUUAAUUAUUUUAUUUUUAUUUUCUAAAUACUGUUAGAAGAAUUUUAUUUCAUAUCUUCAAUAUUACCAAGCACUGUAGUACUAUAAAUUACUGUAAUACUGGGUGAAUUUGUAAAAGAUAAAAAGAAAAUUAUUCAGCAAGAAUGAUAAUCCUCAUUGUUCAGCCAUUAUUUGAAUGUAAAAAGAUGAAUAUAUUCCUUACAAAUUACUUGGAAUUCAGUGUUGUACAGGGUUGAAAGACAACUUUAUUGUCUAUCAUAAUAAACACCUUAUUUAUGUGUCUUUAUUAUUAAAAUGACUUAUUUUAUGGCACUAGAAA